AUGCCCCUUCUCUCCAAGGUCGUCACCUUCAAGACCCCCACCAACCGCGCCGCUGCCAUCAAGGCGAAUAGAGUCAUCCGAUCCAUCAAGAGCCGAUACCGCGCCCAGGCCUUCCUGUUCCUCGCGUACCACUUCUUCCUCACGUCGCCUAUGCACCUCGACAUCUUCAUCAUGUUCUUCAUUCUCGUCAGCAACUUCAUGAACCGGCAACAGGCCUUUCCCAGCCAAUUGGUCAUCGAGGGACUCCGCUUUCUGAUCGACGAGAGGAGGUUCAUCAUGCCUUGA